UCCAAUGCCUCCCCUUGGAGAUGGUGCCCUCAACCUCCUGCAACAAGUAAAGGCAGGCCAGAGAGGCUCCUGGGAGGAGGAAGACGAGGAGGAAGAGGAAGGCUCAGAGAGGUGGCGAUAACGCUGAGAGAGAAGGGAGAGAGCAUCUCUCUUCUUUCUCUGGUUUUCAUAGACUGUCCAGCUGCUUCUCUGAUGUCCGACGACUUUGACACUUUUUUCCUUCUGUGAUUUUAUUUCCACUGGAGCCGGAAAAAACAAGAAUCAAAGGAGACGGUGAAGGAGGGCAGGUCCAUGGCCUCCUGGUUCAACUGGAAUGAGCCGUACCAGCGGAGCCCCCGCAGGGACCCGGCCGACGUCGUCUCCGACACCCUGAUGCUGGAGUUCAGCUGGCAUCUGAAGGAAGCAGAGCGGCUGCAGAGGGAGAGGGAGAACGAGUACCGGCGCCUGAAGACCGGGGUGGAUUACAGCUGGCUGGCCAGCACGCCUCGCUCCUCCUUUAACAUCAGCACCGGGGAGAGGCUGGCCCUGGAGGACCUCUGCUCCAAGGUGCCUCCUUCCUGCUGCGGCCUGGUCAUCCUCAAGCUCAGGGAUGCUAUGCAGGCCAACGAGCCCGAGCCACACGAGGUGUCGGGCCACUUCCGGGCCGUCCUGCUGGAGGUUCUGGACCAGCUGAAGGAGGAGCAGGAGGCGCAGCGGCUGGCUCGCCAGUGGAACAACAAGCGAGCCAUGAGCAUGAACUUCAGGUCAAAGAUCAAGAUCAACCCAUUUGGAAGCACGACGGGCCUCACCGCCGAGGUGGGCAACGGGACGGGGUUGAGCGACCUCAAAACCGUCUCUGAGGACGUGGAGAAGGGGAUGGAGAGGGAGGAAAGGUCGCAGAGGGUGUGGAGCAUGCCCGACUUUAGAUAUAAAGGAACCAGCAGCAGCAGCAGCAGAGUGGUCUGAUGGGCGUAUGAACAAAAUGUGGACUGAUGAGACUUUAUGUCUAACAUGUUCAAGGCCAAGGCAAGAUUUUCUCUUUUCUCUCAACCAUGUUCCCAGUACUUGAAGCAGUUAAUAAGUUGCCUGAGAUUAUCUUCUGCAGUGAUGCCUCUUAUUUUGUAGAAAUUUGGCACCAAAUCAUUGAGGGAUCUUUAUACUGCAGCCUAAUAGUAUUAUUUAAAAAUUGUCAAAGUAAUUAAAAGUUUUUUUCUUUUUUGACGCAAAAGAUGCUGCUUGCUUGGUCAAGGCGGAGAAACUAAAUGUGGGGAUGUAUAAAACGGCUUUAAAGUGCAAAAAUGUUUCUGUAGGAGGGAUGCAGUUUUUGUUUCCAUAUGAUUCAAACAGUGAGUCAUCCUCCGUGUGUCAAAACAGCAGGACUGAACAGUGAAAUGUAUUAUCCAAGGUUAGACAACUGAAAGCUUUUCCUCCUGCGCUUUUAUUUUCAAGAGGGUUUAAAAGGAAGAAAAGAAAUAUUCAAUAAAAUGCUUUUUUUUUGGAGUAAAAUCUCUCCAGUGGUAUUUGCUGUCCUUCUGUCAAAUGGUUCUGUACGCACCGUCAUACAAACAUGGACACAGACUGUUUUCAUAUAAAGAAAAGCAACUUUUUUACCACCAUUUUUAAAACAGACAUAUAUGGGAAAUAAUGAGCAUUAAUAGGUCACACCUAAUUGAAUGCUAUGCACUGUUUCAUCCUCAGAAUAAAAAGAAUAAACAAAAAAAUUAUCAUUUUAGAAUAAACUGAUAACACUUUGGCUCCUAAAGCCAGAAUUUACAUCAAAAAGUGAAUGAUUAAUUUCCUUAAAUAGAGUUGGACAACAUAUUUUU